AUGGCAGGUGACUUGACGUGGAGUGGCUCUCCCGUCCGUGUGGUGUCCUUCAAGGACCUUCGGAUCAAGGACGUCGCAUGUGGGGAGGCCCACUGCCUGGCUCUGGACAUGGAGGGGCAACUGUAUGCCUGGGGCUUUGACGAGUUCUGCCAGGUUGGUGGAAAGACGGCUGCAGACGAGGUCUUGGUGCAAAGCCCCCUUGCCUCACCCCGAGCUCCACGAGGGAAGGACGCCUACCUCCCCACAUCGGAGGGUAGCUGCAGGAUGGUUCCGAAGCCUCAUCGGCUUCCUUGCUCCGUCAGUUUCGUAGGCAUUGCGUGUGGCGCCCAGUUCUCUUUGGCACUGGACGCAGCCGGCGGUGUUUGGUGCUGGGGCAAUGGGGAGGGAGGGGUGCUGGGCCUGGGAUCUGCCUCCCUUGGCUGCAGAACUUUGGCACGGAUACCGAUCCCUUCAGCGAGAUCUGCCUCAGAAGAGUGUUGCAAACUCGUUUCCUGUGGCUCUUACCACGCAAUGGCAGUGUCUAAAGCAGGGGUGCUGUACAGCUGGGGUCGAAGUGAAGGGGGGCAGCUGGGCCUCGCCGAACAGCAGGUUGCCUCGCACAUCGAAGAGUUCGGCCUCCGCGACACCUGUGUCUGCCAGCCGACGCCAGUCACGUUCCCCGACACGCCGGAGAAGGGCAAGGUUAGGAUCGAGAAAGUCGCUGGUGGCGACGUGCACAGCCUUGCCGUGGAUUCUGAGGGCUGCGUUUGGUCCUGGGGUUGGGGGGAGUUUGGCCAACUGGGACUCGGCUUUUCAUCCUCCUCCUACGAGCUGGGAAUGGGAGGUGCAUCCUCGCGCAGGCCAACGCCGCAGCCGAUCGCGAAAGAGUCUUUUGGAGGCAGGGUGCUCUCUAUCGCCUGCGGAGGGGCCUUCUCUGCGGCCCUUGUUGCCGGAGAGCUGAGCGAGGGAGGGCAUCUUGCUAUGUGGGGGGCCAAUGACGUCGGCCAGUGCGGCCUGCCUGCGAAGAAGCCCAUGGACAUCGCGGUGCCCAAAGAGGUACCCGGCCUUCGUGGUAUCCUCCUGCGAUCUGUGGCUUGCGGGACGACGCAUGCUGUGGCUAUUGAUCUCGGUGGGCAGGCCUUUUCCUGGGGCUCGGCUCACUACGGGAAGCUGGGACGUUUGGAUCCACCCCAAAAGUGGUCCACACCAAUCCUGACGGAGCCUUCGGAGCCCGGAAUCAUCCGAAGCCUCGCGCGGCUACGGAUCUCCAAGGCAGCAUGUGGCCUGCACCACACGCUUCUAGCCACGGAGGUUCGUCGAAGACGGAUGGAGUCGGUUGAAGAGGCUUCGACCGGAAGCCAGGCUUCUUCGAAGAUGGAGAUGUCUACAUCCAUGGUUUAG